AUGAAUCUCUUCCGAUUCCUGGGAGACCUCUCCCACCUCCUAGCCAUCAUCCUGCUGUUGCUCAAAAUCUGGAAGUCCCGCUCGUGCGCCGGGAUUUCGGGGAAGAGCCAGGUCCUGUUUGCCGUGGUCUUCACCGCCCGCUACCUGGACCUUUUCACCAACUACAUCUCCCUCUACAACACAUGCAUGAAGGUGGUCUAUAUCGCCUGCUCCUUCACCACAGUCUGGAUGAUCUACAGCAAGUUCAAAGCUACGUACGACGGGAACCACGACACGUUCCGGGUGGAGUUCCUCGUGGUGCCCACCGCUAUCCUGGCAUUCCUGGUCAACCACGACUUCACCCCGCUCGAGAUCCUCUGGACCUUCUCCAUCUACCUGGAGUCGGUGGCCAUCCUGCCGCAGCUCUUCAUGGUGAGCAAGACGGGCGAGGCGGAGACCAUCACCAGCCACUACCUGUUCGCGCUGGGCGUGUACCGCACGCUCUAUCUCUUCAACUGGAUCUGGCGCUACUACUUCGAGGGCUUCUUCGAUCUCAUCGCCAUCGUGGCCGGCCUGGUCCAGACGGUCCUCUACUGCGAUUUCUUCUACCUCUACAUCACCAAAGUUCUGAAGGGGAAGAAGCUGAGUUUGCCGGCGUAG